AUGUUGGCACUGGAACUCAAUGGUCCAACAGCCAAAGGCUACGACCCUCUGGACUACUUCCAUUACCCAAUCAACUUGACAUCGAACGAGCGCAAGCUCAUCCACACCGGUGACAGUCGUCUAGACAACGCACUGGUCACUGCCUACCGCAAGAUGGACACAUUGGAGCGCUUCAAAGCCCAGCAGCCAGGCUACGGUGGCCAUGUCCCCUGGAAUGGCGUAAAUGACAAUGGCCUGGACAACGAUACUCAGACCGACACGUCGGUCCCAUCACUGGACAAUGGUGAGAUGGUCUGGGGCAUCUACGCUGUGGCCCAUGUUUUGAAGCAGAAGUACCCUGAUCACGCCCAGCUGGCCACUCGCUAUCGCAACUACUUUGACUUGCUCGCCAACAAUGCCAUCACGGUCUUCUUGAACCGCACCAGCUUCUACUUUGCCAUGUCGGCAGUCGUUGGCGCUAACAAUGUCAGUGUCGCCAAGAACACCUAUCGCUCGGACGGCAUAUACUCGUCGGCAUAG